AUGGAGAACGGUGGUGUCAAUUUGAGCUCCCCAAAUUUAAGCCAAAUUCUGGCAAAUUCAUUGUUGGAUUUUAUGAGUGAAAGUGUUAAGAUACCUACAAAUAGUGUGGAAAGUAAAGUACUUUCAUCUCUUGUUUUUAUUGACGAAAGCUGUUACUACUGGAAAGGCAAUUUAUCUCAAUUAAAGAAUUUCGUACAAAAUGACUUAAAGUUAAUCGGCAAAUUAUGGUCAUCGCCUGGCGGUGAAACGAAGUUAUUUAUUAAGAACACCGAGAUUAUCCUUAAAUGGACUGGGCAAACUCGGAAGAAGCUGAUAAUUGAAAAAGACAGCGAAGUAAAUCUCGUGGCGAACACGCUAAAACGUUUAUGCAAUGGUGAUAUGUUUUGCUUAGAUACAGCAGCGUCCUGUAAAGAGUCGAUUGAUGACAAAGCUAAGCAAUCGGUAGCGGCUGACUCUGAAUUUUCAACUAUAUGGGCGGCAAUAAAUGGGUUUCAAGACGUAGCGACGGCCAAAUUGGAAGAAGUAACAUUAGCCCACGACAACAAACUUUUUAGAAUAGAAGCUGAGGAAUGUAAAGUACGAUCUAAUUACGAAAGAAAAAUUGAAAAUUUGAAUAAUAAAUGUCAUGAAUUAUUGCUUAAACUUGAAUGUAAGAAGGCGCUCGAAGAUAGAGUAAAUAAACUUGAAGUUUUGGUUGGCAAUUUUAAAGCCGAUAUACACGAUCUACGAAAUGAGAAUGGUUUGUUCAAAUAG